AUGCCCAAGAGGAAGGUCAGCUCCAAGGAGGGGGCAGCGAAGGAGGAGCCCAAGAGGAGAUGGGUGAGGUUGUCAGCUACACCGACUCCUGCAAAAGUGGAAACGAAGCCAAAAAAGGCGGCAGGAAAGGAUAAAUCUUCAGACAAAAAAGUGCAGAUAAAAGGGAAAAGGGGAGCAAAGGGAAAACAGGCUGAAGUGGCUAACCAAGAGACUAAAGAAGACUUACCUGCAGAAAAUGGAGAAACUAAAAACCAGGAGAGCCCAGCCUCUGAUGAAGCAGGAGAGAAAGAAGCCAAGUUUGAUUAAUACCACGCACCUGGUCCUAUCACUGGUCCCUGUCUCCCUUCUUGUACAAUCCAGAGGAAUAUUUUUGUCAACUAUUUUGUAAAUGCAAGUUUUUUAGUAGU